AUGCUCUACGAGUUAAUUGCUAUUGUCCGACCCGGCAACCUCGGCGAAGUAAGAGAAAUCGCCCAAACCGUCGGUUCUCUCGUCCUCCGAAAUGGCGGCGUCGUCCGCGGCCUCUCAAACUGGGGCGUAUUCUCCCUCCCAAAGCCCAUAUCAGUGCACCAGAUGAAGCACACACACGGCCACUACUUCGUCAUGCGGUACGACUCGUCGACCAAGGUUCACCAGGAUGUGCGAACGACGCUGCGGCUGGAGCCGCGCAUGAUUCGCUCGGCGCACGUGAAGCUCGGGGAUGGCAAGUUGAGCACGUUGUCGGGAUUCGGGGAGCCUAAGUGGAGGACGCAAGGGAGUGAGGCGUAA